CGGUGUUAUCGCAGGAGGGGGACAUGAUAAUUCACAACCAUAACAGUUUAUUCUAACUAAGUAUCUGUGUGUCCAUUAAAUAUCUUAUUGACAUUACUGGGAUUGUCUGAGCGCGUGAAUGAUGGCUCCGUUCAGUUUGCUGUCAGUCGGUGCAAAUGUUCUGCUGAAGUCUUUGGGUUUGUUCUGUUCUGCAUCUGCUGUGAGGUGCUCCUGUGUAGUUCCAGUGAUAAAGAGUUUUUGUACCACAACAGGGGGUCCACCUAAGCGACCCCUCACAGCAUACAUGAAAUAUGUGCAGGAGAUUCAGCCCACCUUCAUCAGACAAAAUCCAGGAGUGAAAAAUGUGGAUAUUGUUAGAAAGAUAGCCCAGCAGUGGAGAAUCCUGACUCCUGAACAGAAGCAGCCAUUUCAGGAUGCAUCUUUGGCAGCUAGGGAGCAGUACAAGCUUGCUGUGGAGAAAUACAAAGCCCAGCUCACCCCAGCACAGUCUGCUGCUAUUGCAGAGGAGAGGAGACAGAAGAUGGCCAAAAGAAAAGCAAUUAGGAAAAAGAAGGAGCUGAAUACUCUUGGCAAGCCCAAACGCUCCAGGAGUGCCUUCAACAUCUUCAUGGCAGAGAACUUUGAGGAAGCGAAAGGAACUACUAUGCAGGCGAGGAUGAAGUCACUGACAGAUGACUGGAAGAGACUCAACAUCACACAGAAACAAAUUUACACACAGCUCGCAGAAGACGACAAAGUCCGUUACAAAAAUGAAAUGCAAUCGUGGGAGGAGCACAUGACAGAAAUCGGAAGGGAAGACCUUGUUCGGAGAAAAGAGAGGAGACCUAUUAAGGUGACGUCCACCAAAGACAGACAGAAGAAAUCCACAAUCACAGUGCUGAAGGCAAAAGCACCGAAAAAGAAAACUGCUGCAAAAAAGACUGUGACAAGCACCAAGAAGUGAGACAAUGUACAGUACAUUACUCUGUUAGAGUGUGUUGUAUAAAGGCCAGUUCCGUCCUGAAUAAAAAGGCUCCAUGCUUUCUGUUAUCACAGUAUUUAUGUAGAUUCAAAACAUGAAGGAUUUAAAACGAUAGUUCACCCCCAAAAAAAUAAAAUUCUCUCACAAUUCUGUGGGGCACUUAAGAUGAUGAAUGGCAGUACUUUUAUUGUUAUUCAAAGACACAAAGGCUUGGAAGAACAUGAGGGUGAGUAAAUAAUGACAUAAUUUUUAUGUCUGGGUAAACUACCCCCUUAAAGCUGACAGACCUUCAUGGCCAGUCAGGAGGUCUUCAUCUUUUCAAUGUAUCUUUUUUUUUUUUCCAGUUUGACAUAUAUACUAUAUUAUAAAUCUACACAUUCACAUUCUUCUUUUGUUUUUGCCUAUUCACAUUCUUUGUGUAUUGUGACGUAUUGGGCAGCAUAGAAUGUAUAGUAAAAAUGGACCUAAAUAUUGAUCUGUUUCUCACCCACACUUAUCAUAUAGAUUCUGAAGACAUGGAUUAAACCACUUGAGUCAUAUCUAUUAAUUUUAUGCUGCUUUUAUUAGCUUUUUGGAGCUUCAAAGUUCUGACCAUCAUUCACUUGCAUUGUAAGGAACUACAGAGCUGAUAUAUUUUCAAAAAUCUUUGUGUUCUGCAGAAGAAUGAAAGUCAUACACAUCUGGGAUUGUAUGAGGGUGAGUAAAUGAUGAGAUAAUUAAAACAUGUACAUUUAAAAAAUAUUAAGAAAGUUAUUUUUAUUAUUUUGAAAUAUAAUGGGGAUAAAAUCAGGACUUUGAGGCUGAGCAGGGGUCAGAUGACAGUUUGACCUCUUGGAGUAAAGUCUCAAAAUCAGGUAAACACACCAAUUUGUGAGUGAUGUUCCCCAGAACAGUCAUGUCCCCAGUCAAACCCUCUGACAGCCGCACACAAACAAGUUGCUGCAGAUAAAAAUGACAGUUUUUACUUCUGCGUAUUCCUUUACGUGUAAAUGACAUCAUCAGUGCAAGAAUUCAGUUAUAAAAAAUAUCAUACCAACUAUCUCAAUUUUUAGUCAUUAUUUACAAUCUUUCAAUCACCUGGUGUCAAAGUGAUUUUUAGUGGAUGUAUGAAGUCAGUUCCCCUCAAGUUCACACAGGUGUCCUAGCAAAGUAACCACAGGUGGAGUUUAUCACAUUAAAUAUGGACAUGUUCAACUAACAUUUGUCAACCAGAAAAAGUCCAAAUACUUCUUGGCUUCAUUUUGAACCGUGUAUGUAUUUUUUAUCAUUUAAAGCCUAAUAACCUUUUUGUGAAGUGUUUUGCUUGAAAAGUGUGCUUGUACCGUCUUUCUAUAAAAUAAAUAUAUAAUAAUCUAUAUAUAAUAAAUGCAGCUAGGUUUGAUAUUUUGUUUUCUAUAAAAUGAAAUGCAUACAUUGUGUGCACAAUUUAAAGUUUGUGUUCAUAUACUUUUUGGGGCCCACUGUAACUUCAAUCUGAUAGAUCUACCUUUACUAGAUAAUUGUGCUACAUUAUGCCUGAUAAAAUGAGUGUGCAUUGUACUUACCUGAAGGAAAGAGAAAGCCACUCCCUCUGAGACAUCUAAUGCAACAUUUCCCAUCACCAGCUGGACUUUACCAGAUUUUCUAAUUAGCAGUUUUCCAAUUAGACCCUCUGAGAAAUCCGACAGAACAGGCAUAUAGGUCUUAUCAGUCUGAUCCUAAAGAAUGAUUUUAUCACAUUCAUAUCUUUCAGAGGACACCGAAGAUGACAUUAAGCAUAGAUAAUAUACUGUACAGCCAGACAGUCAUUAUUGCAAAAUAAAGUCUGAGAGGCUGACUGUACAUUACCUUUAUUACACAUCUAUGAAUAAAUAAAUGGACAUGAAAUAUUGAUUUGAGUUUUAACGUUUUUGUUAUGUGAGAAGAGACUGCGGUGAUAUGAUAUGAGAGACUUAAAAGGAUAGUUCAUCCAAAAAUGUAAAUUUUCUUAUCAUUUUCUCACCCUCAUGCCAGCCCAGAUGUGUAUGACUUUCUGUCUUCUGCUGAACACAAACAAAGAUUUUUUUAGAAGAAUAUUUCAGCUCUGUUGGUCCUCAAAAUGCAAGUGAAUGGUGACCAGAACAUUGAAGCUCAAAAAGGAAGUAUAAAAGUAAUCCAUCUGACUCCAGUUGUUUAAUCGUUGUAUUCAGAAGCGAUAUGAUAUUCUUCUCCCUGCCCAGUAGGUGGCGAUAUGCACGAAGAAUCUGACAUUCAUAAAAAACAAAAGACAAAGAAAGUGAAAUUGAAGAUUAAUAGUAAAAAAGGACUUAAAUAUUGAUCUGUUUCUCAUGCACAUCUAUGAUACCUCUUCAGAUGACAUGGAUUUAAAAACUGGAGUUGUAUGGAUUACUUUUACGCUACCUUUAUGUGCUUUUGGAGCUUCAAAGGUCUGAUGACCAUUCACUUGCAUUGCAUGGACCUAUAAAGUUGAAAUAUUCUUCUAAAAAUCUUCGCUUAUGUUCUGCAGAAGAAAAAAAGCCAUACACAGGGACACAUCUGAGAUGGCAUGAGGAUGAGUAAAUGAUGAGAGAAUUUUCCUUUUUGGAUGAACUGUCCCUUUAAACUAAUUGCAUUAGUGCUUGGUUGCAUCAGUUAUAUAGUUUAGCAGUCAUCCAGAAGUAUUUGACAGCAGGGUGCCCUGAUUGACUAAUCAGAAUCAGGUAUUCCAGAUAGCUGUUUAAUAAAUGUUUUA